AUGGAUUCUGGGAAUAUAACAAGAAGAUCUCCACUAUUGCGAAAGGAAUCGUUGCACACUCUUCCAUACGACUUAUUGCUAUCUAUCAUUCAAUACCUUGAUACAUCGGACAUUUGCUCACUCCACCUCACCGCUCGCGUGUUCGAACACGUCGUCAAGUCUCCCCCGGCGCGACGUACACUCGCCCUAGCUAUCCUCUCUCGCUGCCGACCGUUGCCAUUACAAGGUUUCAAGCGCCUCACGGACCUCUCCGGAGAUGAACUGUUCCGCAAUAUCGUGCGCGCGACAUUGUUAGAGCGCGGAUGGACACGGCGCACCCCGCGCCCUGCACAGAGUGCGCCCCUGGAACCUAGUCCGGAUGGUGUGGUACCUUGGUACAAGAUCGUAAAUUCCCCGGCGGAGGAAGGCGUGGACUGGCUUUCGCCCAUCACGCCGAAUUACACGCUAUGUUCAACGCGCUCCGGUCGGGUAUUGUGUUGGGAUAUGCUCCGGGAUGUCAAACUGGCACAAUGGGAUCCUGGUGAACGUUGGGCUCUCUGGAAAUGUAGGAUCGAGUACACCCAGCAGAUGGUGUACCUGGCCAUGGCGCGGUCAACCACAGCAAACAUUGAUGAAAGGAAUAUGGAGUUCAAGCUCAUGCGCAUCAACUUCUCCGACAAGACGUCGGAUACAUUGCCUGCGUUUGAUGAGAUCCGGACGUUCGUCUCUGCGGGAGCUGUGAUGAACGUUUUCCUGCUCGAUCCUAUACGUGGCCUUCUGGCUUCGUUCGUGUGGUUACGCACGACCAAUACCAUUGGUCUAUACGUCAUGCCGGACUGGGAGGAGGACGCAUACGUCUUUGUCGAUACAGGGCUACAAUGCGGCCUUUAUGGCAUUUGGUCAUGUAUUCUCGACAAUGAUGACAUUGUCAUUCACAACGAAGACGGGCCUUUGGCGCGACAAUACGUCUAUCCGCUAUCUUACCUCCUCAAACACGCCUCGAUCUCCCCAGCAAAUGAGUGCCCAAUCGUCUCCGGCCCUCUAUCUCCUUACCACUCUAUAACGCGCACAUUCACAUACCCACAACUCCCUCCCUCGUCAUACCAACCGCCCUUUCCAUCCGAGAUGAUCGGCACGCAGAACCUCAGCAACAACGAUCCUCAUCUCGUACAACUCGUUCCACCGCCUGGACCUAUCAGGCCUUCUCCUGGAGAGCCGCUCCCCGAUCCGUUUCCUGCGCCAUGGUUUCCGGAAGGUGCGAACUUCGUGCGGCAGUGGUGGCCGACUCUACCGGACGUACCCAAGAUUAGCUGUUCGGCCGUACUUUACGCAUUACACGACCAUCUCACGAAUAGGACGAAGUACGUGCUGUCGCAGCACUACUUCUGUGUACCUAUGGCCCCGUCCGUCAGCAGAUCAGACCCGGAGGACGAUAUGCUGCUGCGCAAAUGGUUCGUAUCCGACCCUUUCGAGGUUGUCUGUGUACAGGAUGUGUUCGACGGCGACGAAGGAGGCGGUGCGGGAAGUGAUGAGCGCCUUCGGCCACUACUAGCUGUUGACUUCGGUCUGGCUGUGUGGUUGGAGUACGUCGAUGAGCCGGCAGUGAGCGAUCGCAUGCGCCUACGGUGCGUCGCGUUCCCGUGUGUACGCUCCGACGGCGAGGGGCAUCUUGUCGCGACGAGAGCGGAACGCACCAUCAUUGGUGGCGAGGAGGAUCCGGUACAAGAGGUCGACGAGAACGGCGAGAGGUACUGGAUGGAAGGUCGUGUACGGACAUUGGAGGUUCCUCCCGAGCUUGAUCUCAGACAUGUUGAGAGCGUGAACGUCGAUCAGAGCCAGGGGGCCGUGAUCCUGUCUGUGGACGACGGGAAGAUAUAUGUCAUAUAUUAUGAGUGA